AUGCCAGCCAGGACUGGAGCGAACUACCUAGAACGCCUUCGAGAAGCCCAGCCAGAGAUCCACAUGGAGGGCCAGCGUAUCAAGGACGCUACUUCCCACCCUACACUGGCCAACGGCGCCCGCACCCUUGCCUCCCUCUACGACUUGCAGCACCAUCCGGAAAUUGGGCCGGACAUGACCUUUAAGUCUUCUACUUCGGGCGACCAGGUGGGGCUGUCCUUCAUCAUUCCCAAGACCCACGAGGACCUGGACCGGCGGCGGAUAAUGAUGCGUCACUGGGCCCGGGUCAGUUGUGGGAUGAUGGGUCGCACCCCCGACUUUCUUAACGUGGCAGUAAUGUCCAUGGCGGCGGCCAGCGAAUUCUGCGGCCAGAACCGCCCUGAGUUCAAGCAGAACAUAGAGAACUACUUCGAGUAUAUCCGCGAAAAUGACCUUACCCUUACCCACACCCUGGUCAAUCUCCAGAGAAGUCGCUCUCCCUUGACUACCGCACUGGAGGAUCGUACCGACGUAGCGCUGGCGGUGGUCAAGGAGACCGACGCAGGCAUAAUAGUGAACGGCGCGAGAGUGCUGGCAACCCUUGGACCACUGUCAGAUGAGAUUAUCGUCUACCCAGCCCGCACUCACCGGCUCCCCGGAGACGCAGGUGAACGCUAUGCCUUUGGGUUCGCCCUUCCCUGCAACACGCCUGGAAUGAAGUUCCUCUGCCGGGAAAGCUUUGACGUGGGCCGCUCACACUUCGACCACCCCCUGGGUUCACGGUUCGAAGAAAUGGACGCGGUCGUCUUCUUCAACAAUGUGCUGGUGCCCUGGGAAAGGGUAUUCCUGCUGGGAGACGUGGAACUGGCCAAUACUUGGGCUGAGGCAACCAACCGCAACGCCCAUACGGGACACCAGGUUGUCACCAAGAACGUGGUCAAGUGCGAAUUCAUGCUGGGCCUGGCCAACCCUGAUGACCCGCACCCUGGGGUCGACUCAAUUGCAGCAGCGGAGGUUGACGCUAAAGUUGACCAGUGGGGCGUAAUGUGCCCCCCUUACAUGCCGCUGCUGGUUGCCCGCAGUCUUUUCAUACAGAUGUAUCCCCGCAUGGCCGAGAUACUUCACUUCCUGGGUUCCAGCAGCCUCAUGGCGCUGCCUACCGAGGCCGACCUGAACGGGCCGCUAGGCGAGGAAAUCCGUCAGUACCUGGACACGGAUACCGCCAGCGCCGAGGAUCGGGUGCGCCUGUUCCGCCUGGCCUGGGACACCUGCUGCAGUUCUUUUGCCAGCCGCCAGGUCCUCUACGAGAGGUAUUUCGGCGGGGACCACAUUCGUAAUGCCACGGUUCUUUACAGCAUGUACGACAAGGGACCAGCCAGCGAGUGGGUGCAGGAAUUCCUGGAGAUGGAGUAG